UAAAAGAUGUUUUCAUUGGUCAGUUUUUUUUAAAAUGCAGACGAUGUAUAUCCUCGCAUAAAUCUGCGUUCUUGUAUAUCUACAGUUGUUGUGUAUCAUCAUUUCGUUGUGUUUGUUGAAGCCAAAGUUAUUUCUAUAUUCUCGGAUUACGAAGUUACGAUUUGGAGACUGACUACAGCGCCUUUUCAAGUUCAAUAAAUUAAUACACUGCUCUAUAGAUUACUAUAGAUCUAGUUAUAGAGAAUAUUUGAUAUGACUGGAUGCCUUCUACAUUGUGUGAAUAUUCGAAGGAAAAGUGGUUUCAUUAAUUUUAAAAUGUAGAUUUCUAAAUUCUGUGCAUUUAUUUUGAUGCCUGGAUUACUUUACAGUUCGAAAUAGUACUGUUUUUUUUUAGAGCCUUUUUAUUCGUUUUGAUUGCUUUUGUGUGGUGCAAAAAUGGCGUACACUUUUGUAGCCGAUGGUGAAGUUGUGGACGGAUCAUGGGAGUUGAACAUUUUAGUGACAGAUCUUCAAGUAGAAAAGACAUUACGUGUGAUGGGCGACCUCCAUAUUGGAGGGGUAAUGGUAAAACUCGUCCAAGCCCUUGACAUAGCUCUGGAUUGGUCAGAUCAUGCCCUUUGGUGGCCAGACAAAAACAAGUGGCUACUUCGAGCGCGGUCAACACUUGACCAGUACAAUGUCCAAGCAGAUGCUAAACUACAUUUCACUCCCAUGCACAAAAACCUGAAGGUCCAGCUACCAGACCUCCAGGUUCUAGAAUUAAGUGUAGAUUUUUCAAUCAAAUGUUUUGCAACAGUAGUGCAGACAUGUAAAGAGCUAGGUAUUAGACACCCAGAGGAGCUAUCAUUUCUACGUAAAUGGGACAAGGAAGACUUGAAAAAAGUUGCCAAGGAGGUUCAUAAACGUAAAAAAAGGGGUGACCCAGAUCAGAAUGGUCCAUUAAGUGCUAAUGGUACACAUCACAAUUCUUCUGGUAGCUUAGAUGGAGGAAAAUUGAGCCCCUACCCAAGCAGGAGUCCAGUUGGACCUUCCCCUACAAGUACAUUAGUGCGGUCAGCAAACAGCCCUUACAACUUGUCCACUUCUGUGUCUGGCUACAGUACAUUCAAUGGGACAAUGUCACCAGGCUCCAUGCACAGCCUUUCCUUUGAAGGCACCAUGGAGUCCACCUUGGCUAAUUCACCAUUUGUGCCAGCCAAAGAUGCCUUCCAGUAUUUGUAUAGGCCAAAAAACUUUGCAGAGAAAGCCAGAAUUAACUGUGCUUGGUUAGACUCCUCCAUCUCACUAUUGGAACAAGGCAUCAAAGAAAAUGACUUCAUCAUGCUCAAAUUUAAGUUCUACAAUUUCUAUGACCUCAAUCCAAAGUAUGACGCCAUCAGGAUCAAUCAGAUCUAUGAACAAGCUAAAUGGGCUCUUAUCUCUGAAGAAAUUGACUGCACUGAAGAAGAAAUGAUGGUAUUUGCUGCCUUACAGCACCAAGUUCGAAUCCAAUCUGGGUUACCUCAGCCAGAGUUUGACCAGUCCCAAAAUGCCCAGUCAGAGGAUGAUGAAAUAGAUGCAGCACUAAAAGACCUGCAAGAAUCUCUGGAGGGUUCUGCUGUAUCUCCACAUGGUGACAUCACACACAUCCCAGAAUUGUCAGACUAUGUCAAGUUCUUCAAGCCCAAGAAACUGACUUUAAAGAGCUACAAAAAAUAUUUUGCUACAUUUAAGGAUACGUUCAUAGCAUUCUAUAGAACUAAAGAAGAAUCUCAUGGACCUCCAAUCAUGCAGAGAAUAGAUGUCAGAGGCUGUGAAGCCCAGCCUGAUGUAAACCUAUCUGCCCACAAGUAUGGCAUCAAGUUAUUUGUUCCGGAACCUGAGGGAAUGUCAGAAAUCUGUUUACGUUUUGACCUGGAAGAGCAAUAUUGCCGUUGGAUGGCUGCAUGUAAACUUGCAAGUAAAGGUAAAACCAUGGCUGACAGUUCUUAUGAAGCAGAAGUGCAGGCCAUUCAGUCUUUCCUUGGCCUGCAGCAUCCAGUGGUGUCUCCCAGCCACAAUUCACCUACCAGUUCUAGCAAUGUUAUCACUGAAGUCAACUCAGAUGACUAUAUAGCUGCCAGAUUUUUCAAAAAAGUGAAAGCCAGAUCUCUGGUCAGCAAAAUUAUGGAAGCCCAUGCCAGUGUUCAAGAGAUGUCUUUGAUGGAAGCCAAACUUGCAUUCAUCAAGGCCUGGCAGUCCUUGCCAGAGUUUGGCAUCACCUACUUUCGUAUUAAAAUGGCAAAUAGUAGGAAAGAGGAGCUGAUGGGUGUAGCAUCUAACAGAAUUAUCCGCAUGGAUCUGAACACUGGAGACUCCUUGAAAACAUGGAGGUACAAUACUCUGCAGUCCUGGCAUGUCAACUGGGAGGUGGAGAAUGUCAUCCUGGACUUCGACACAGAAAAAGUGACAUUUGCAUCAAUGGAGUGUUCCUGUAAAACAAUCCACGAGUUCAUUGGUGGAUACAUUUUCCUGUCUAUGAGGUCCACAGAUAAAAACCAAUCCCUGAAUGAGGAGAUGUUUCACAAGUUGACAGGUGGAUGGCAUGAGUGAUUUGUUGAGUCUUGAAUCUAGAAUAUGUUUUAGUAUACAGUUGGUUAGUGUGUUGUUUUAAAUGCGAUCAUGACAGUGUUUUUAUUUGUAGAAAUGUGUAUAAAGUUAUAUACAUAGUUACAUUAUUUUUAGCCAGUAUAGGAUUGUGCGCAUGCCAGGGCCAGUCGUUCUGGUGGCGUCUGUUUAUUUUAGCCAGCAUGAUUGUCUGGAUGCUUGAUCAAGUCAUUCUGGAGUUGUGUGCGUUUGUUUCAUAUGGUAUGAUUGUUAAGAUUAGACCAUUCUUUUUUUCUUUUUAAGCCAGUAGAAAUUGUGCAAAGUCAAAUAUUUUUAAACUAAUAGUAAAGUUAGAUGUUUGUUAAGUUAGAUGUUUGUUGUGUUUUGAAAUUUUCAGUUUUGUUUUUGAAAUGAAAUCAUUCUUGUAUUUCUUGUCUACAUUGUUUCUACUUUGAUACCUACACAACAAGGCUGUACAAACUGGUGACCUGAGCUGCUGAGAACAUUAUUGUUAAGACCUUUUUUUUUUUUGGUGUGCGUUCUUGUUAUAUAUGUAUAAUAUUAAAACAUAAUCAUUUACAAGUUGCAACCAUAAUAUAUGUUAGCUUUAAAUGAUAUCACAAAAGCACCCCAAUAUAGAUUUGUGUCCUGUACUGAAGAUCUAUUGCUAAGCUGAAAAAUAUUGAAUGUAAAUUUAUUUGAAAUGUGGAGAAAAAAUUGAUGUAAGUUGGCAACACUUUUCUUUGUUCUCCCGUGUGUAUAGAGUGAAGUGCUAAGGCAUUGCAAUGUUAGAGAUGGAUAAGUAAAAACAAUGUGUUAGAAGUAAGACUAGAUACACCUAGAAUCUGAUCUACAAGUUUCUUUUUAUUGUUGUUCUCUAUCAUACUGUAUGCAAUUUUGUUUUUCUUUUUAUUGUAAGAUAUAAAUCCUGUUUUUUGUCUUUUAUUUACAUGCGUUAUGCAAGUAUUGCCUUAAUAAGUUUUUCAGUUUUACACAAUCUUUCUGAGCAAUGUGUGUGAUGCAAGCAAUUCCCCCUUCCCUUCUCACUUCAGAGUGAGAGAACUCUUGGUUUGAUCAGAUCAUAAUCUGCUUAUAGUCUAUAAGUGUUUCCCAUGUAAGUCUAAUUUGUUUUGUUCGACCCAUUAUGAUUCAUAUUUAUAUUUACUUACUAUACAUACCAAUGUAUACACAUUUA